AGAUUUAGCUUUGAGUUCAGUUACAUACAAACAAGCAAACGGGAAAGUCGAAUUAUUUUUAUAUUUUUCUCUUUUUUCAAAAAAGCGAGUACAAAAAGAAAAUCUCUAGAAACCCUAUUCGCAAAAGUAAAAACAUAAAAAAGAUGGCGGACGAUGACGAUGAUGUCCAGUUUGAUACGGUGGACUCGGGGGCCUCGAAAACAUUUCCCAUGCAAUGUUCGGCCCUGCGAAAGAAUGGAUUUGUCAUGCUGAAGGGACGUCCCUGCAAGAUUGUGGACAUGUCCACCUCGAAGACGGGAAAGCACGGGCAUGCCAAAGUGCAUUUGGUGGGCGUGGAUAUCUUCACCCAGAAGAAGUACGAGGACAUUUGUCCCUCGACCCACAACAUGGAUGUGCCGCAUGUGAAGCGCGAGGAUUACCAGCUGACGGAUAUCAGCGACGAUGGUUUCGUCACCCUCAUGGGAGACAAUGGCGAGAUACGCGAGGAUCUCAAGGUUCCCGAUGGGGAGCUGGGCGGAGCUCUGCGCUCCGAAUUCGACGAUGGCAAGGAUCUUCUCUGCACUGUGCUGGCUGCCUGUGGCGAGGAGUGCGUCAUCGCGAUGAAGAACAACUCGGGAUUGGACAAGGGCGGAGGCGGUUGAAGGAGCCGGAGGUGGCAGUUUCAUAAAAACAAAAACAGAUGUUGUGUUCGG